AUGCCAUCAAAUUCUCAGCCUCCUCGCCUCACAUGGAGGCAGUACAACGAGUACCAGCGGCUCCUGCGGGAGGCCCAGGCUCCGCCGGUGUGCUCGCACUGUGACUCGCUCUGUAAGCAGUGCACCGACCUCCAAGCUCGUUGCGUCCAGCUGGAGGGGCAGCUCGCCGACGCCACCCGGCCGGCAGCUGUCGAAAACGGUAGCACAGACGCGGAGAGUCGCCAGGAGUCGCCGGGUACUCCAAAUCACGAGCGCCCGGGGCGUAUUCGUCGUAAAGCCGCGAGGGCAGCUGCGCGUGCUGCCGCCGCCGCCAACAUCGCCGCCCAAGAAGCUGACGCUGCGCUUGACAACGACGCGGGUGUCCUUUUUGUCUCUGACAAUAAUGGGCACGUCGUGGUCGAGUCGGGCAGCUCUGCUCCCACAAUUUCCUUGCUGGAUCCGAUCGUAUCACCACCUGCUGCUUUGUCCAGGAGAAGCUGUCUUGCCCUGCGGCGGAUGCUGAUCGUCUGGCCAGCGCUCCUGGUGGCUGCGGUGCUCCUGUUCGGGAUUAUCUUGUCUCUUCCAGCGGCGACUGCAGCUCGUCAAGCCCUAUGCCCGUUCGUGUGCCCACUCUCAUCACUGAGCCCCACGGCGGCGUUUGGACACUACGGACGAUACGACGCACUGAGAUGGUCGUCGGCAAAGCUCGACACGGCAACACACUGUUUGCCAGCAUUGCCGUGGCCCGUCAGCAACAAGAGCGAGCAUUCCCGGGCAGUGACGGCGGAUGGCCUCCGGCUACCAGUGACCCAGGCAUCAGAGAUGGUUCACGUCAUAACCUCGUUGCCUCUACGCGGCGCCAAUUCCUGGGCGACCCAGCUGCCUCCAGAAACCCGUUUCUAUGGUACUGCGUUGCUGGGCGUGCUGAUAGCGGGCGUUAUCGGCGCAUAG